CUGCCGGAGCCGGGCGGGCGGCGCGGCACUUUGUAAAAAGCAGCAGUCAGUUGGGGGUCCCGGUACAAUGGAGAGGUCGGGCAACUGCAGCCGCAGUGACAGAAAGCACAAAACCUCAAAUUCAGCCAGAAGUGCGGAAACCUAAAACAGGAAUCUUGAUGUUAAACAUGGGAGGUCCGGAACGGCUGGACGAUGUGCAUGAUUUCUUACUUCGUCUCUUCCUGGACAGAGAUCUAAUGACGCUUCCAGCUCAAAAUAAAUUAGCACCAUUCAUUGCCAAACGCCGCACACCGAAAAUCCAGGAGCAGUACAGCAGGAUUGGAGGUGGAUCACCAAUCAAGAAGUGGACGGCGGUGCAGGGAGAAGGCAUGGUGAAACUGCUGGACAGCAUGUCUCCCCGCACUGCGCCUCACAAAUACUACAUUGGCUUCCGGUACGUCCAUCCUCUGACAGAAGAAGCAAUUGAAGAGAUGGAGAAAGAUGGCAUUGAAAGGGCCAUCGCUUUCACGCAGUACCCACAGUACAGUUGUUCUACCACAGGAAGCAGUUUAAAUGCCAUUUAUCGCUACUACAAUAAAAAAGGGGAGAAGCCGAAGAUGAAGUGGAGUAUAAUUGACCGAUGGCCCACACAUCCCCUUCUUAUUCAGUGCUUCACCGAUCACAUCCAGAAGGAACUGAACCUGUUUCCACCUGACAAAAGGAAAGAUGUCGUCAUCCUCUUCUCGGCUCACUCACUGCCCAUGUCUGUAGUGAACCGUGGUGAUCCGUAUCCUCAAGAAGUGGGAGCUACUGUCCAGAGAGUCAUGGAGAAGCUGAACUACUCCAACCCUUACAGGCUUGUGUGGCAGUCCAAGGUUGGACCAAUGCCUUGGCUUGGUCCACAGACAGAUGAGACCAUUAAAGGACUGUGCCAAAGAGGAAAGAAGAACAUGUUGUUGGUCCCCAUAGCAUUUACAAGUGACCACAUUGAAACACUUUAUGAACUGGAUAUUGAGUAUGCCCAAGUUUUAGCGAAUGAGUGUGGAGUUGAAAAUAUCAGAAGAGCAGAGUCUCUUAACGGAAAUCCACUGUUUUCCAAGGCUCUGGCAGACUUGGUCUGUUCGCAUAUCCAGUUGAAUGAAAUCUGCUCUAGGCAGUUAACCCUCUGCUGUCCGCUCUGUGUAAAUCCCGUCUGCAGGGAGACAAAAGCCUUCUUCACUAACCAACAGCUGUGAUGGGCGGGUCUAGGAGAGCACCACUGGAUCAUACAGGAAAAUUGCGCUGGUGAAGCAGUGCAAAGGAAGGAAAACGCUUGACCAAACUCUUCGCUGUUACAUACUUACAGGCUAGUAGUCUGUGACGUUAACCUCAUGUAACAGUGGGGAGAACUUGACUUUUUUGUUUUGUUUUUUCUUAUGUUUUCUUUGUUUGAGAAGAGUUUGUAGAAAGUAGGGAAAUAAGGGCGUUUAUCCUGUGAGAUGUGAAAAGAUCUCAUUUCAUCUGAUUCUGAUUGGACUUAGCAUGAGCCCAUAAGUACGCACUGAAAAACUUAAAAAAACUUUUCUACAAAUUAACUUCGAUUUCCUAUGCAGGGAUUUAUUUGUAUGCAGUUUUGUCAUGAAUGCAUCAUUUCGGCUUUCCAGGUCAGGCAUACAAUUCUUUGUUUUGUUUAUGCUUAAGGUACAGUAUAAUCAGCAUAGUCACCGAUUGUCUCUUCUGAGAGUGAUUUUUCAGAUGGGUUUGAAGAUCAAGUGACUUCUAAUGCUUUUUAAAUAAUGUGUAUUAUUUUUAGAACAUGAAGAUAAGGCUUUGUUUUGUUUUGUUUUUCUCCUGCCAGAAACUUCCGGUGAAAGCUUAGCUGGGAUAGUAGAACGCACAAGACUUGUUUACAUUUUCUAGAAAAAACACUCUCAUUAUCUGCAGGAAAGCCUCUGCAUUUGAAGAGCUUAAAAUGAAAGGAGUAAGCCUGCGUGGGUGAUGCUGAAGAACAUGCUCAAUUGAAACAAACUGCGUAUGUUUCAAAUCUAGCAGCAUGUAUGGAAACAUGUUGGUUUAUCUUUUAAGCAAAGUGGCUUUUUAAAGUUAUUAAAAAGGGCUUUCUCUAUUUGGUUAAGUAAAUUUAGGAAGUCAGGCUUGCUCUCCAGAAGGUUUAUAGAUCUGCUCUGUGCUUUCUACUGUGCCACAGUGCUGUGGUUUUUGUGGGAUACCUAUGGAGUUCUGUAGGUACAAUUAUCUAGCUUAACUGAUGUUGUUGUUUAAAACAGAUGGGAUAAGUCAGGAGUAAUUUGCAUUGCAGAUGCCUGAGAGCAGGCAGCCCCGCAGGCUGACAGCUGUGUGCUUGUGCAUACCUUUGUCAAAAGCCAGAUUUUGGCUGUUAGAUUUUUGGCACUGAUCGUGGGCUGGGAGUAUGCACUCGUAACCCAGCUAAACUUCUUGCUUGUUUUGGCAGGCAUUUGGGUGCAUCAGGACUGCUGAAUCCACUCCUAAGUAGUGGUAGUUUCGUAGAGUGAAAAACCUUUUUAGGGCAGUAUUCCCUCACUGUGAGCACCAGGACCGGUGUCCAGGUUAGUCUUGGGAUAGGAGGGGGCUUUUCUGAAAGGCUGGUCACCACACAGCAUGUCUGAGCUUGGCACUUGAAGUAGUUCAGGGCAGAAGUACCGCAGCACCUCAGUCAGUGGUCCUCUCGCACAGGGACCUCUCCUCCUGGGUGGGACAAGGGAGGAGCAAAGCUGUGACAGUGUUCUGUGGGACUGAGCCAUAUGUGUAUUAGUCUAGCUGUCAACUUCAUGGGUAUAAAUGUUUACUUUAUGUAAUUAGCACUGAAAUGCCAGUACUUUGGCAAUGCAGGUUGUUUUCUGUAAAUUGAUGAUUCGGCUAAUCGUGAUGUUUGAGAAGCAGAUGCCAUGCUGCUCAGACAGUUUUAUUUGCUUACAUAAUUAUGAGGCAUGAACAGUUUGAACCUCUGAUCUUUCAAGGAUAGGGCUGUUUAAAAGGAAAAUGGGCCUCUGUUUGUAUAACAGGGGUUUAUCUCGUUCUGUUUUAUGUUGAAAGAAUUAAACAUGGGAUGCUAAAGAAAUGAAUGGAUGCUGUGUCAAGCAGCCAGUGGGCCAAGUACUGCCAUGGAGCGAUGUAAAUCCUACUGUACAGCCUUGCUAGGGCCUGUGGCCUAAUACGUCUUGAGAGUUGAUUGACGUGUCUCCACUGCCAUACUGCAGCUUCCGAGUGUGAUUAUGGUGAGACAGACUUAAAUUCCUUCAGUGCCGGAACUUCCUACGUUACUGCUGUCCCUCGUUGCUUUAGCAGAAAGAAGUCUUCCUUGACCCUUCAUGCCUGUGCCUGUUUCAGUGGCAGGGAGCCAGAAGCUGUGGCUUCUGUUCUCCCUUUUUUGCUCCAUUCUUGGUCUCUGCUGGCUGCCUUGGCAGGAGAAAGGAACGCAAAGCUGAUUCCUGCCCUUGCUCAGGUGGAGUAGGUAGGGUCAUCACGUGGGUAUGGAAGGGUGAGAUUUUCAUGGAGAAGCUUUGAAUCAAUGUCAAAAGAAUAAAAAUGUCUGCAAUAUGUCUGAUAAGGGAACGCUGUUACGUCUCUUGUUGGACAAAGAACUUUCUCCGUUCCCAUUUCUCUGCUUGACACUUAUGGGUCAAUGGAAAACAAUCUGUUUUGUAAAAUCUUCCUACUUACACCUCUUUCCUACCAGCUGAAUGCUAUAUUGACCUUCAAAUCCAGGUUGUGGCCAGCACGUUUAGAAGUGUGGCUGAAGCUGGAAAGCAAAGGUUAACUUCAUGUGAACAUUGCAAUACUAUAAAUAUAGAUUGGCUUUUUAUUUCUAUACUGGAGAGAGUACUGAAAAUAUUAGCCGGCACUAAUUAUGAGGCAUUAUGUUUGUCCCCAGUAAUAAAAGGUAUUUAAAAUUCACUUUUUAGUAUGCUAACCACAAGUGAGAUAAUUACUAAGCCUAUUGCUGCUAUUAGACCAUAAUGUAGAAAUGACUUAAUUUUCUAGCUUUUAGCAGAUGGAUCUCGUCUCAUAGAGUUGGUGGAGUUCUUUGUUUUGCUGAACAGAUCAUGUAAUAUCGCUCUGUCCUGCUAUUUAACACACAUUGUUUUGUCUUAGCGCAGCAUCAAAAGUCUGUUGAAAAACUACCUGAGCAAGUCAGCUAGCAGCUCUGCUUAAUACUUCAUAGAAAUCAAAAUAAGAGUGAGACUAAUAACAGUGGGAAUUCUGCUGCCAUUGAAAUCUUCUAAUCCUGGGUUGUCUGUUUGGGAGUGUUUCUGACUAUGCUAACUAACAGUGGAAUUCAUUUGACCUUACUUUAGAUGCUUCCGAUCUACAUGGUGACAUCCGAGCUGGUCUCCUAGGUACUAUUUAUGGUCAAAAGAUUGUUCUAAUACGUGUUUCUGAGAAAUUAUUCAUCUCUCAAAGCAGAUGUCCACAACGGGUUGGAUGAGUUUCACUCUGUUGCUGCCUCUGACCAUGAAGGGAGCGUGGUGCGCUAACUCAGAGGCAGUUCGCUGUGUUGCACAUCUCUAACAUGAGGAGAGAUGAAUCCCAUCCAUUUAUGUGCCUUCUUCAGCACUCUGCCAGUGAUGUGUAGCCGCUGCAUUUGGGAAAUUGCAGUCUUAAUCCUACAGUUAUGCAUUCAGUUUGUCCCUCUGGCAGAUUUUAAACAUUUGGUGCUACUAACGCAGGACCCAGUCUCGUCAGAUCCUGAGCACUUUCUGCUCUGGUUGAAUUGACUUGAGCAUACGGAAGUGUCAGCAUCUGGGAGACUCUAGUCCUCGGACAAUAAUCUAGUUUGAUUUUUUCACUAUCAAUUACAGUCCUUUUGCAGUACUUUAUUUCAUUUGCAAGUGUUUAGCAUUUACAUAUGCCCUGACAAAAAGCAACCAGUUGGAAGUGAGCUUAAGCGACGUGCUGAGGCAGGGUUGUAUCCCAAGAUUUCGUUGGUAAGAGCCAGAGUCCUCGGGCAGUCCUUGAGUCCUUGAGCAGUGAGGGGGCUUCGGGACAGUGCGGUGUCGCUGUCCCCUUGCCCAGGCUGCUCAGUCUUACUCCGGCCCUGCAGGCUGACAGACAGCUGCACUGCUGAGACUGCACCUGAGCGGGGGAAUGAGUGCUGGGGAGUGAAAUCUUCGCACCAGUGCUCCCAGUGCCGAGGACCUGAGGAUAUUGAUUGAAAAACAGAGGAGUUCAGGACCAGGGCCCUUGGUGUCCCAAGGAAAGAAGUGGGAAGUAAAGGUGUUCGCACAUAGAAUGUUUUGAAGAAUUUGCUCAUGAUUAGGCUGUUCUCCUGAUUUAACUCUCUGCAAUUUUGCUUUUGUUUAGUUGAAGUUUUUCUCUUUUGGAGUUUAUAAAAUUUCCCUUACUACUGGCUGCAUUUUAGAAAAUGUGAUAGCUUCCAAAAGUGGUGCUGUAAUAUUAAAAGGUGUGUGGAUAGUGUCUGUGAGCUAACCUCCUGCUCCCCCUGGAGAAGAGGAUGUUACAGAUGAGUUCAGUGGGGCCGGGAUUUUCCUAGGAAUAUCUAAAAGCUCACUUUAUUUUCCCUUUCUACCACACCCAGAGAGCUGGAAAUCAAUAUGAAGUGUAAGAUGCAAGAGAGAGAGAAGUUCCUUUUGUUUUUUAAUGCCAGAUGUGUACAAAUACUUGCUUUUAGUCCAACGUAUGUAUUUCAGAUUGAACAAGGACUUCCAUUUAAUGUAACACAGAAAAUUUAUAUAAUCCUACUGUGUAUCAUUUGCCAUAAAGAUGGAAUUUCAAUUAAAUUUUUUUGG